AUGAAGACAGAGACUGGAAAAUUUGAAACGUACUAUAUCGACAAAAAGACCGGUACUGCUCAUAAGGUAUUGUGUGGGAAAUUUUGUGGUAAAGAUAGUAAUUUAGCAAAAAAAGAACGAUUAAAAGAAUUGGGGGCCUGCCAUUAUUGAGUGGGUGCCACCGAAGAGAAUUGUUUUCUUGGUAAAGAUUUUGCUGAUCCAACCAUUCAAAAGUAAAAUUUACCCAACGUUAAAUACAAAACUCCUGGCCAAAGUUGUCACACAUGUCCCUUACCACUCCUUUGAUAACUGCUUGUGUGUAAUUUUCUGCAGUUUAAAUUUUCAUGUUGUCUGCACAUGCACUUUCUUCGGAGACACCAUUCGCCUUCUAACAAAUCGGAAAAUACUCAAGAUAGUGACUCUGACCGAUUUACAUAUUGUAUUAUAAUAUAGCAUUUGUAAAUUCUGAACGCUGAUUGGCUAAGAGCCGUGUUGAUAUAACUCCAUGUCAACACGGGAAAUUUUCCGCCGCUUGUAAACACGGAACUUUUUCUUAUUCUUCGGGCUUUUGACAUUGCUAUAUUAUAAAACAAAUAUAAAACAUUUUUUCCGUAUUGAUAUAUCAUUAUAUCAACACUCGUGGAAGUUGGGAAAACUCGAAAUUGUGUGAAAACACUCCGCCCUUCGGGCGUCGUGUUUCCACACAAUUUCUCGUUUUCCCAAUUUCCACUCGUGUUGAUAUAACUGUAUAUCAACACGGAAAAUGUUUUAUAUUUGUUAAUUGACAUAUGACUGCAUGUUAACAUUGCUUCACUUUCUUCAAUACUUGAGCGAGUCAUGUUUUAGAAAUGAAAAUAAAUGUAAUAACCCAACAUGGUGAAAAUAACCCAACAUCGUGUUUGCCAGUUGCACUGUUAAAGCGUCUGGCAACAGGUUGCUCAGCAUUCUUGUUGAUGACAGUAUACGAUGAUGGUCACCAAACUUUGUCCUUAAAUAUCUCCAAGAACACGGUAUACAGCACAUCAAAUAGAACAAGAUUGAAGGAGAUGCACGUGCCAAAAUAGUGGUGGAGAUGCAUUUGCAACCAUGCACGCAAUGCUUGCCCAAGAGAUCAUGACAUUAACAUAAUCAGAUUAGUUUAUAAAUAUGACUUUUUUUUAUACAGGGUGCAUGUUCAGAACAAUUUCAGACAUUCUUGAAUGAAGGUGUAAGUAAAUACGGUACUGAUUUAAAUACGCAUUUUUUGUUUCUCUUAUAAUAAUAUACAUAAAGAUAUUACUCGACUGUGAUUGGUUGAUUUCAGUGCAGUUAAUCCCAAACAGCAGUGCAAUUUUCUGUAAUCACAGUGCAAUUUUCUGUAAUUACAGUGCAAUUUUUUGUAAUCACAGUGCAAUUUUCUGUAAUCACAGUGCAAAAAUCUGUAACAAACUGAUCUGAUUGGUGGGAAAACAUUGUGAUGAUUAAAUCAACCAAUCAGUUUAAAGCAAUUUACUUUAAAGAAGUAACGGUCACAGAUUGCUUGAAAACAAAACAAACAUGGCGCCGCGCUACACAAAGUAAAAGUUGCCUUCGCGUGGAAAAUACGGCUUUUAUCUUUAUUUUUAAAUGGAAAAGCAUUUACCUUAAACAAGACUAACAAAAAAUACAUAGUUGAGUGGAGUUUUCAAGCUGUUAGCGUUGUAUAAUGUGAUAUAACAAGGCCAGGAAAACUUUGCCAGUGGAAUGUUCGCUAUAAACGCGUAAGUUAAAACUACAAUUGUCUCGAACAUUUUUAUGUAAAUUAUUAAUAAGUAAUAGCAUGGUUUCUCGUGAAAUUUGGAUAAACAUGCACUUGUGAGUUUUUCAAAGACCUCAAAUAGCACUCGUCCUUCGGACUCGUGCUAUUUUGAGGUCUUUGAAAAACUCACUCGUGCAUGUUAUAUCCAAAUUGCACUCGAAGCCAUGCUAUUAAUACCUAUAGUAAUAUGCUGGGCUUGGAAGUAACGUGAAAUCCACUUCUCCCAAUUUAUUUUCAGUCUUGAAGUCCAGGACGCUUGAUUAUAACCAACAAUCAUGAAAAAACUUUAUGCAAAAUUAAUUAUUUAAUAAUGUUAAAUUCUUUCAGACACUUUUGGUAAAAAACAACGAAAGCCUCAACAAUUUACCACCAGUGCCAGGACUGCUCUCAUAUCGUGAAGACAACAAAAUACUUUAUGUGAACAAAGGCAAUAUAUGGGAUGCCAUCGGUAGCAAAAAAGAAGUAAGUCAUGACGUAUGUUUGGCAGGUUAACAAGAGCCAAAAUCCAUUCCAAAAAGUGAGGAACAAAGCCAGCAACAGACGUAAUUUAUUAACUUCUUAUUAACCGAGCGCGAGGUCUUUACAAAGAAAUAUAUAUCGGACCGAGGUUAAUAAAAGGUUUAAUUUAUUAUAUGGCAUUUAUAUAGACAUUCAUAGUCGAAGCAAACAAGAAAUGCAUGAUUUAAAAUGCAUAUUAGCCGCGUGGUACACAUUUGGUCGAAGAAAAUUAAAAUUACCAAUGUAUUCCUUCCUUUUCACUUAAAAACAUUCGCAGAUAUCUUAUUAAGAGCACAUUAAAUUACAAUUUUUAAAUUUUCAAUUCGUUCUCCUGUUUUGUUUUAAAAUGCAUGCGUUUGUUUUUACGUAAUGGACCGCAGGUCCAUUACGGGAAAAUAAUGGGCCGUUGAAAGUGCUUCUCAGCCAAUCACAGUCCACCAUUUCACCGGAAGUGAUGCUUGCCGUAAAAUAAUAUAAAUUAUUUUACAGAUUUACAUAUGUCUAAAAAGUAAAGAGGGUGAGUGUCCCCCCCCCCGUCCUUCAGGAUUGAUGCCCUUGCAGGUUAAUACUAGUGGUCAUUAAUCAGUCGGGUUAUUCAUGUUGAGAUACAAAUUCCUUUAUCCUUUUUGUACACCCUCGUAAACUCCUUUCAUUCACUUUUGUUCAAUCAGUGUUCCUGUACGUGCUUGAUAGCUAGGUGGGGCGAAUUAACUACAUAUCCGCUCAAUAUACGGCAUUUUAUCUCCACUAUAUUGCGUAACUUUUAUGACGUAUUGGUAUUCGAAUUGUUUUUAAGAUACAAAACCUGGAGAAAAAUAUAAAUGUAGAAUUUCAAAACCUUAAAGACAGGUUGAAAAAGAUUGAAGGAAGAUUAAUGGUAAGUUGAAGUGCACCACACUAUUGUAAAUAUACGAGAUGUUUCCUACUGUGAAUUAAUUUUCAAACCAUUAGCUAUUGUAAACUUGCUUGCAACAUUUUUAUUUAAAUACUCAGAUCAUUGUAGAGAAAAGCAAACAUUAAAGAGUAUUUUUGUCAAAAUAUACAUGUAUAUAAGACACUGUUAUGGCAAUAAAUCCUCGCCAGUUUGAAUUUCAAAACUGACAAACAUACAGGCUUGAAGUUUGAACUGUCAUUUGUAGUGUGACACACAAUCUCAGGAUAUAUGUUUAGCUGACUGCCCAGCCCAGUUUAUGGGUAAAAGUCAAACCAUGGAAAGUCCUGUAUAUCGACAUUCUAUAGCAGCAAAUAAAUUCCAAAUUUCAUAAAUUUACUGGAUCAAGCCUGUUGCGGUCAAUAAAUCAUUUCAAGAUACACUGCGAUAUACAUUGUUAUUAUUCAGCUCACUCCCCAUUGGGGCUUUUUGGUGACCGAUUACACAACGUUUUUACCCUUAUAAAGAAAUAGAAAACAUUUUCCGUGUUUCUAUAGAGUUAUAGAAACACGCGUGAAAGUUUGGUAGAAACGAGAAAUUGCGUGUUUCAAUUUCGAGUUUCUCCCAAACUUUCACAAUUGUUUCUAUAAACUCUGUAGGAACACGGAAAAAAUGUUAUUCUAUUUCCUUUAUUAAAUAGCCUUUUAAAAACAAUAGAACAGAUAAAUUCAUUGAUUUUAAUUGCUUUCAUUCAAAUAUUAAUUCCACCUUAAUAUAUAUUAGCCUACGUCAUAGACUCAAACUCGUUCCUCGUAGAGGAAUAUACGUUCGUGUAAAGAAUAAUUAUAAAAGCAUAGCGAAGUAAACAAGUAUAUCGCUGUCAAAACAACAGACAGCACUUAACAGGCUUACUUGUCUUACUUUACUAAAGUAUAUCACUCAACAACGUACAUGCUUGCAUGCAAAGAAAGCACUGUUAUAAAUAGUUAGUGAACGUUUAAACAUGAUUAAGGUGGCUCGCUACAGUUUAUAGAAAUCGGUUGAAAUGCGCAAACUAGAUCACCUUUUUGAAGAGAUGAUGCUCUUUACAAAUCGAAAUUUGUAUAUUAUAUAUACAAGCGACAAUCAAACAGUCGAAAAUUGGUCAGAAAAGUGACGUCACCACUGUUGCUAUGGCAACAAUGACGAUUCAAGAUGGCCGAUAUUUUGGCUUUGAACGCGUUUUACUUUAAUUAAAAAAAGGUCAGUUACCCCCAUUUUUUUAUUUCAGAAAACAUUUGCUUAUAGUACAAUACACUAUCUGACCAAUUUUAAAAAAAUUCUAUAAUGCAAAAAAAGAAUUAUUUCGAAAAACCAUGUUUAUAAAUUUUUUAAAAAUUUGGCAUUACAGAAAUUUUUUAAAAUUGGUCAGAUAGUGUAUUGUACUAUAAGAAAAUGUUUUCUGAAAUGAAAAAUGGGGGUAACCGACCUUUUUUAAAGUAAAAUGCGUUCAAAGCCAAAAUAUCGGCCAUCUUGAAUCGUCAUUGUUGCCAUAGCAACAGUGGUGACGUCACUUUUCUGACCAAUUUUCGACUGUUUGAUUGUCGCUGUAAUGCGGCUGUAUAUAUAAUAUACAAAUUUCGAUUUGUAAAGAGCAUCAUCUCUUCAAAAAGGUGAUCUAGUUUACGCAUUUUCAAUAUUUCUAUAAACUGUAGCGAGCCACCUUAAAAACUAUAGUAAACAUGAUUAAAAACGUCGCGAGGAAACAUUUUUUUAAAAAGACAAAGUAAAAUUAAAAUAUCUUACCUUGGUAAACAGUCAAACAGAUACAACGUGUGCUAUAAUUAUACUUUGUGCUUUAGAUCUUCGCUUUCUAAGUCAGCAAAAUAGUUGCUUUUUUUUAACGGUUCUUCGGCGUUUCGGGACGUUUUUCAACUUUCAGUUUCAAAAUUGUGAUUAAAUAUUGUUUGUAUUUUGUCUUUUAAACUCCCGUGCAAUCCACGCAACCCGCGUGAAAAUGUCCCGUGUUUCUAUCGAGUUAUAGAAACAGUUUGUUUUUAGUUUUUAACCAAUCAGCGCCCGUGUUUUUAAAAGGCUAUUUUAUAAUUACUUAGCUUAGACUAUUUUUCUUUACAACAAUUGUGAUAUUACUUUUCCAAACUGUGUUUAUCCUAACCAAUCCUGCCAACUUUCCCCUUUGGGAGGAAACCAGAAUGCCCGGAGAAAACCCACGACUUUCGCUAUAGCGUUGACAGACUCUUUUCGCAUACGUCCGUAGCGAGAAUCGGACCCACGACCUCAGAAGUGAAAGGCGCUUGCCAGACUAGUCCCAAGUCCUCUGUGCACGCUUUUGAUUUCCGUGGGCGCUUGCUCUGACGACUGCGCCACCGACGUCAUCCACAUGGUUCAGUUUUAAAUUUACUUUAAAGGGGAAGUCAAGUCCGUUCUGCGCAUCGGUUCUGCUCAUAACAAUGUGAGGACCUCUAAUGUGAACAUUGCCCAAAUUUCGAAUGUUUCGAAUUUUUCUGAACAUAAACUCUAUUUCAUAUUCAUUUAGAAGCAUAGCGAACCAAAAUGGUGUUAGAUAUUCAGACAGUACAUCAUAUUUUAAAAACUACAGCAGUUCAAAAUGUAAACAAACCGUUUGUUUACAUUACGGACUUGACUUCCCCUUUAAUUAUUCAAUUCUUUUCAGAAAUCACGAGAAAGUCUUGUAAAGCUAUCCUAGCGGCAAAUACAUUCGCAAUUUCAGGUAUUUACUCGAUACGGCCAGCAGCCGGUAAAUUAUUUCAAGUUUACUGUGACAUGGAAACUCACGGGGGAGGCUGGACCUUGGUUUACAGCUACACCUUUACAAAUUACAACAGUUUUACCUCAGGAAGCAAUGCUGUAACCCCCCGUCCAAACUGGCCUGCCUGGAGGGCUAAUGUCCCAAUCUCAACCAGCUGUUUGAUUGUCGCUGUAUAUAUAAAUAUACAAAUUUCGAUUUCCAAAGAGCAUCAUCUCUUCAAAAAGGUGAUCAUCUAGUUUUACGCAUUUUCAACAUUUCUAUAAACUAUAGCGAGCCACCUUAAAUUAAAAGGCCCCUCGAUCGACGGAAAACGCCCCAUGCACGGAUGGCAAACUUCCCUUGAUGGCAGAAGGCACUCUGCCUUAGAAGAAGGGAAGGAGUGAAUUGUACGAAUGUAACAAACAAACAUCCUCUUUUCUCACAAUCACUCGCGAGACUAGGCACGGCUUGGUUAGGAGGAUGUUGCAUUACCAGAAAGUCUAGGUCGGAGAAUGUUCCAGCGGAUAAAACCAUGGAGUAGUUUGAAGCAUUAUAUGUGCAGCGUUCGCAUGAAGGAAAAGACAACUUCGAAGACAAGGGCGCUUUGAAGCGAAAGGCACUUCCAUCGCAAAGGCCUUUUGACGGCAAAUAACCACCCACGGAUGGCGAUGACACUCCAUCGCUUUAACAGCUACAACAUCCCCCGACCUACACUCUCUUUUAAUGCAACAUCCUCCGACCCAGCCGUACGAAGACUCGAAUGAUUGUGAGAAAAGAGGACGUUCGCUUGUUACAGUCGUACAAUUCACUCCUUCCCUUCUAAGGCCUCUGCCUUUGCCAUCAAGGGGAGUUUGCAUAUAAUGCAAACUACUCCAUCGCUUUAUCCGCUGCAACAUCCUCCAACCUAGACUCUCUUGUCAUUGCGAGAAAAGAGGAUGUUUGCUUGUCCCAGUCUUACAAUUUACUGCUGGCCUUCGAAGUCCUCUGCGUUUGCUGUCGAAGGGUGUUUUGCCAUUGAUUGGAACUUUGCCAUCCAAGGGCGUUUGCGACUCAAGGACGUUUGCCAUCGAAGGUCGUUUUUGGCUUCAAAGCGCCCUCGCUUUUGCUUUGAAGUGUCUUUUCCUUUAUGCGAACGCUCCACAUAUAAUGCAAACUACUCCAUCGCUUUAUCCGCUGCAACAUCCUCCAACCUGGACUCUCUUGUAAUUGUGAGAAAAGAGGAUGUUUGCUUGUCCCAGUCUUACAAUUUACUGCUGGCCUUCGAAGUCCUCUGCGUUUGCCGUCGAAGGGUGUUUUGCCAUUGAUUGGAACUUUGCCAUCUAAGGGCGUUUGCGACUCAAGGACGUUUUCAAAGCGCCUUUGCUUUUGCUUUGAAGUGUCUUUUCCUUCAUGCCAACAACGCUCCGCAUAUAAUCUUCAAACUAUUCCAUCGCUUUAACAGCUACAACAUCCCCCGACCUACACUCUCUUUUAACGCAACAUCCUCCGACCCAGCCGUACCAAGACUCGAGUGAUUGUGAGAAAAGACGAUGUUUGCUUGUUACAGUCGUACAAUUCACUCCUUCCCUUCUAAGGCCUCUGCCUUUGCCAUCAAGGGGAGUUUGCAUAUAAUGCAAAGUACUCCAUCGCUUUAAGCAAAAAACUUUAUGCAAAAUUAAUUAUUUAAUAAUGUUAAAUUCUUUCAGACACUUUUGGUAAAAAACAACGAAAGCCUCAACAAUUUACCACCAGUGCCAGGACUGCUCUCAUAUCGUGAAGACAACAAAAUACUUUAUGUGAACAAAGGCAAUAUAUGGGAUGCCAUCGGUAGCAAAAAAGAAGUAAGUCAUGACGUAUGUUUGGCAGGUUAACAAGAGCCAAAAUCCAUUCCAAAAAGUGAGGAACAAAGCCAGCAACAGACGUAAUUUAUUAACUUCUUAUUAACCGAGCGCGAGGUCUUUACAAAGAAAUAUAUAUCGGACCGAGGUUAAUAAAAGGUUUAAUUUAUUAUAUGGCAUUUAUAUAGACAUUCAUAGUCGAAGCAAACAAGAAAUGCAUGAUUUAAAAUGCAUAUUAGCCGCGUGGUACACAUUUGGUCGAAGAAAAUUAAAAUUACCAAUGUAUUCCUUCCUUUUCACUUAAAAACAUUCGCAGAUAUCUUAUUAAGAGCACAUUAAAUUACAAUUUUUAAAUUUUCAAUUCGUUCUCCUGUUUUGUUUUAAAAUGCAUGCGUUUGUUUUUACGUAAUGGACCGCAGGUCCAUUACGGGAAAAUAAUGGGCCGUUGAAAGUGCUUCUCAGCCAAUCACAGUCCACCAUUUCACCGGAAGUGAUGCUUGCCGUAAAAUAAUAUAAAUUAUUUUACAGAUUUACAUAUGUCUAAAAAGUAAAGAGGGUGAGUGUCCCCCCCCCCGUCCCCCAGGAUUGAUGCCCUUGCAGGUUAAUACUAGUGGUCAUUAAUCAGUCGGGUUAUUCAUGUUGAGAUACAAAUUCCUUUAUCCUUUUUGUACACCCUCGUAAACUCCUUUCAUUCACUUUUGUUCAAUCAGUGUUCCUGUACGUGCUUGAUAGCUAGGUGGGGCGAAUUAACUACAUAUCCGCUCAAUAUACGGCAUUUUAUCUCCACUAUAUUGCGUAACUUUUAUGACGUAUUGGUAUUCGAAUUGUUUUUAAGAUACAAAACCUGGAGAAAAAUAUAAAUGUAGAAUUUCAAAACCUUAAAGACAGGUUGAAAAAGAUUGAAGGAAGAUUUAAUGGUAAGUUGAAGUGCACCACACUAUUGUAAAUAUACGAGAUGUUUCCUACUGUGAAUUAAUUUUCAAACCAUUAGCUAUUGUAAACUUGCUUGCAACAUUUUUAUUUAAAUACUCAGAUCAUUGUAGAGAAAAGCAAACAUUAAAGAGUAUUUUUGUCAAAAUAUACAUGUAUAAUAUAUAAGACACUGUCAUGGCAAUAAAUCCUCGCCAGUUUGAAUUUCAAAACUGACAAACAUACAGGCUUGAAGUUUGAACUGUCAUUUCUAGUGUGACACACAAUCUCAGGAUAUAUGUUUAGCUGACUGCCCAGCCCAGUUUAUGGGUAAAAAUCAAACCAUGGAAAGUCCUGUAUAUCGACAUUCUAUAGCAGCAAAUAAAUUCCAAAUUUCAUAAAUUUACUGGAUCAAGCCUGUUGCGGUCAAUAAAUCAUUUCAAGAUACACUGCGAUAUACAUUGUUAUUAUUCAGCUCACUCCCCAUUGGGGCUUUUUGGUGACCGAUUACACAAGGUUUUUACCCUUAUAAAGAAAUAGAAAACAUUUUCCGUGUUUCUAUAGAGUUAUAGAAACACGCGUGAAAGUUUGGUAGAAACGAGAAAUUGCGUGUUUCAAUUUCGAGUUUCUCCCAAACUUUCACAAUUGUUUCUAUAAACUCUGUAGGAACACGGAAAAAAUGUUAUUCUAUUUCCUUUAUUAAAUAGCCUUUUAAAAACAAUAGAACAGAUAAAUUCAUUGAUUUUAAUUGCUUUCAUUCAAAUAUUAAUUCCACCUUAAUAUAUAUUAGCCUACGUCAUAGACUCAAACUCGUUCCUCGUAGAGGAAUAUACGUUCGUGUAAAGAAUAAUUAUAAAAGCAUAGCGAAGUAAACAAGUAUAUCGCUGUCAAAACAACAGACAGCACUUAACAGGCUUACUUGUCUUACUUUACUAAAGUAUAUCACUCAACAACGUACAUGCUUGCAUGCAAAGAAAGCACUGUUAUAAAUAGUUAGUGAACGUUUAAACAUGAUUAAGGUGGCUCGCUACAGUUUAUAGAAAUCGGUUGAAAAUGCGCAAACUAGAUCACCUUUUUGAAGAGAUGAUGCUCUUUACAAAUCGAAAUUUGUAUAUUAUAUAUACAAGCGACAAUCAAACAGUCGAAAAUUGGUCAGAAAAGUGACGUCACCACUGUUGCUAUGGCAACAAUGACGAUUCAAGAUGGCCGAUAUUUUGGCUUUGAACGCGUUUUACUUUAAUUAAAAAAAGGUCAGUUACCCCCAUUUUUUUAUUUCAGAAAACAUUUGCUUAUAGUACAAUACACUAUCUGACCAAUUUUAAAAAAAUUCUAUAAUGCAAAAAAAGAAUUAUUUCGAAAAACCAUGUUUAUAAAUUUUUUAAAAAUUUGGCAUUACAGAAAUUUUUUAAAAUUGGUCAGAUAGUGUAUUGUACUAUAAGAAAAUGUUUUCUGAAAUGAAAAAUGGGGGUAACCGACCUUUUUUAAAGUAAAAUGCGUUCAAAGCCAAAAUAUCGGCCAUCUUGAAUCGUCAUUGUUGCCAUAGCAACAGUGGUGACGUCACUUUUCUGACCAAUUUUCGACUGUUUGAUUGUCGCUGUAAUGCGGCUGUAUAUAUAAUAUACAAAUUUCGAUUUGUAAAGAGCAUCAUCUCUUCAAAAAGGUGAUCUAGUUUACGCAUUUUCAAUAUUUCUAUAAACUGUAGCGAGCCACCUUAAAAACUAUAGUAAACAUGAUUAAAAACGUCGCGAGGAAACAUUUUUUUAAAAAGACAAAGUAAAAUUAAAAUAUCUUACCUUGGUAAACAGUCAAACAGAUACAACGUGUGCUAUAAUUAUACUUUGUGCUUUAGAUCUUCGCUUUCUAAGUCAGCAAAAUAGUUGCUUUUUUUUAACGGUUCUUCGGCGUUUCGGGACGUUUUUCAACUUUCAGUUUCAAAAUUGUGAUUAAAUAUUGUUUGUAUUUUGUCUUUUAAACUCCCGUGCAAUCCACGCAACCCGCGUGAAAAUGUCCCGUGUUUCUAUCGAGUUAUAGAAACAGUUUUUUUUUAGUUUUUAACCAAUCAGCGCCCGUGUUUUUAAAAGGCUAUUUUAUAAUUACUUAAUGUUACCUACUUAGCUUAGACUAUUUUUCUUUACAACAAUUGUGAUAUUACUUUUCCAAACUGUGUUUAUCCUAACCAAUCCUGCCAACUUUCCCCUUUGGGAGGAAACCAGAAUGCCCGGAGAAAACCCACGACUUUCGGUAUAGCGUUGACAGACUCUUUUCGCAUACGUCCGUAGCGAGAAUCGGACCCACGACCUCAGAAGUGAAAGGCGCUUGCCAGACUAGUCCCAAGUCCUCUGUGCACGCUUUUGAUUUCCGUGGGCGCUUGCUCUGACGACUGCGCCACCGACGUCAUCCACAUGGUUCAGUUUUAAAUUUACUUUAAAGGGGAAGUCAAGUCCGUUCUGCGCAUCGGUUCUGCUCAUAACAAUGUGAGGACCUCUAAUGUGAACAUUGCCCAAAUUUCGAAUGUUUCGAAUUUUUCUGAACAUAAACUCUAUUUCAUAUUCAUUUAGAAGCAUAGCGAACCAAAAUGGUGUUAGAUAUUCAGACAGUACAUCAUAUUUUAAAAACUACAGCAGUUCAAAAUGUAAACAAACCGUUUGUUUACAUUACGGACUUGACUUCCCCUUUAAUUAUUCAAUUCUUUUCAGAAAUCACGAGAAAGUCUUGUAAAGCUAUCCUAGCGGCAAAUACAUUCGCAAUUUCAGGUAUUUACUCGAUACGGCCUGCAGCCGGUAAAUUAUUUCAAGUUUACUGUGACAUGGAAACUCACGGGGGAGGCUGGACCUUGGUUUACAGCUACACCUUUACAAAUUACAACAGUUUUACCUCAGGAAGCAAUGCUGUAACCCCCCGUCCAAACUGGCCUGCCUGGAGGGCUAAUGUCCCAAUCUCAACCACUCCUCCACUCAGUGAGUCAUCUCUUGGGGCUGUAGACUGGAAUCUUUGGAAGAACAUUGGGAAAGUGUUGAUGGUCAAGUCAAACAUCAAUGAUUGGAUUGUUUGUCAACCAAAUGGUGGAAGCCUGGUCACAAAGACACGGGCUUCAAUGAGCUGUCAAAAUAUAAAGAACGUGGCAACAGCUUGUAGUGGUGUGGCACCAAAAAUAAUUUAUUGGUCAUAUUAUGGACCAGUCUUGAGUGGUCCCUCUGCGUUUUAUUACUUUGAUGGAAACACAGAUACUAAUUACCCAACACAUGAUCCUUGCGGCAAAAAAUAGUGGAAAUCACAAGAAAGGAGUCCGCAACCCUGGCGGACAAAUCUAUCUUCGCUAAAUCCCAACCUUUUUCAUGCAUAUAGUUUGUUCGUAAAGUCAUAUAGCUUCUUAUAAUAAUUAUAAUCGAUCCCUAAUUUCUCAAACGACAUUCAUAAUACUGCAUGGAAAGCAUUUAUCCGCAAUAUACAAAAAUCACAUCAAGAAAUAAAAACAUUUAGCAUUGGUAACAUCUUUGUAUUAGUAAUCGGGAAAUAAAUUCUUCAAGCUUUUGAAGUAUAUUCAGUAUCAGUAAUUCAGGCACAUGAUAUCAGGCAAGGACAGCUAUAUAGGCGGUCCAUUAUAAUUUUCCUAAUCCGAUCUCGUAUAAUAUAUUGGCUUUGUAUCGUUCCUUCAUGGCGCUAUGGGUGCUUUAAACAUCACAUUAAUUAAUGAAUAAAUGACCUGAAAAAACGACACACGAAAACGAUGAGAGUAUAUAUCAAUAAUGUACUAUUUGGAAUUCAUGUUGAUAUUGAUACUAUCAUAGCAUUUCAUUACUUAAUUAUAAAGUUAUUUAUUUAACAAGACAAAACUCCGAAGAGGAGAGGCCUUAGAAGGCAAGGCGUGAAAUGUACAACUGGAACAAGCAAACAUCCUUUUUUCUCACAAUCACUCGAGACUAGGCACGGCUGGUUAGGAGGAUGUUGCAUUACCAGAAAGUCUAGGUCGGGAGAUGUUGCAGCGGAUAAAACCAUGGAGUAGUUUGAAGCAUUAUAUGUGCAGCGUUCGCAUGAAGGAAAAGACACUUCGAAG